AUGGGGAAUUGUUUGAGGCACCAAAAAAAGUCAUCUUGGGUCGUUGAUAAUGAUGAUGAUGAUGAUUGGGAAGCUAUGGUGUCAGCUCACGGAAAAGGAGGAGAUAACGGUGGUGGGAUUAGCAUUACGGAGGAGAAGAGGUUGCUUGGUGGCGGUGGCAAGCGAGGAGACGUGCAAAAUACUAGCAGAGAAGUGAAGAUAACCAUUUCUAGAAAGGAGCUGGAGCAAUUGGUAAAGAAGGUGGAACUUCAAGGUUUGACUCUAGAACAAUUCUUGUCCGGGGUGGUUAACGGUGGCGCUGAUUUAUAUGAGGUGGAGGAGCAGCCGCCUCGGCCAUGGAAACCGGUGCUGCAAAGCAUCCCCGAAUGA